UAUUCCGGUUUGUGCGUUUGUGGGUGCUGCAUUGUCUGUAUGUUGUGGGCAGUGUGCUGUAGGAGUUAAGAGAAAAUGUAGGUGUUGUGUUAGAGAUUGUUUGUAAACAAUCUUCCAUUUAACGUAUUUUUAAUUAAAAACAUAUCGUGUAUUUUAAUAAUUCAACAUUUACCGCAUAUAUCAAGAUUUUUUAAAUUUCUGUACAAAUAUUUUAACAUUUCAACGGUAAGAUGUUCCUAUAGAUAAGUGAGAAUCCUUAAAUCAAGACACAAUUGUUUUUCUCGUAAACGAAUAAAAUGGAACAAGAGUGCAAACCAAUAACAAUGUUGAGUAAUCAAAAUCAAUUGGAAGAGGUUAGCCUGCCUGACGUAGUCGCUGGUUUCAAAAUGUUAGCUGUUGACAACCCAGAAGACGAGAUAUCCCCAGUGACAAGCCAAAGAUCUUUGAGAAAACGAAAACCAAGGAAUUUACAAGUAGUAGAUCUUAAUCUUAAUAGAAGUCUGAAACCUAGAAAGAGGACGUUUGCAGAAAUGGAAAGUGAAGAACAAAUAAAAGAGUAUUAUUUAGAUAAAACUGUUAAAAAGUACAACAAUUCGUUAGAAACUAUUUUCGAAGAAAAGGAUGAUUCCAAUCAAACAACUUGUAUGAUGAGUGUUAAGCGAUUUAAAAGAAUGAUUCAAUUUACACCAGAACCAACCGACUCAAAACUUAAGAAGAGAAGAGAAAAAAUAAGAAAAGUUUUUGGUUCUAAGAUUAAUCAUAAGAGAAAGCGAAAAGUGUCAAUGCAAUCUUUAUUAGAUAAACUUCAUGGUGCGCACAGUGAUGUGUCAAUCACAAAUUCUAAUGAUUUUCAAUAAAAGGCUGAAAUUUUAGUUUUAAGUUUUUUUUAUUAAUCAAUAUAACAAAAUAAGCACAAAGUUGUCUUUCCUAUGAUACAAACAAUAUUUCAUUUGUUAAAAAUAUUCCACAUAAGAACUAUAAAAAACUUAAUAUUAAUUAAGCUUUUGAUUAUUUUUUCAACAUUUUUCUUGUGAAUUGAUUUGUAUUAAACUUUUGUUUAAGCUUAUCACUCACAAAUUUUUAGAACAUCAAAUCCACAUUUAUUUACAAUUGCAAUGUUCUAAUUGGAUUAUUUGGAAACUUAUUUUUUAAUUUUAAUUACAAAGAUUAUUGACAGUUAAGAAUAUUUGUAG